UUAACAGUUUCAGAGACACAUUGAGGUAUGAUGAUAAAAAUAAAACAGAAUAAGAUAAAUAACGAUGCCUCCCGGAAAAAUAAAAGACACAUGACAACAUUUAUCGUAAAAAAUUAAUAAAAACACCUAAAAAAGUAUAUAAAAUAAACAUAUUAUAACAAUAAAAUAAAAUAGUAAUAAUAAAAGCUUCUUAAUAAUUAUCCAAUGUCUAAUCAGUUUAUGUGGUGUGCUCAUAGGUGUUCUGUAACACACAAUUUUGAAUAUGAAUAUUGUAAAUGUAUAUAUGUAUCCAGAGAUGGGAAGUACAUUCACUUAAGUACAAUUUGGAGGUACUUGUACUGUACUUGAGUAUUUCCCUUUCAUCCUGCCUCAACUUCUACUCAAUUCAACUAGUGGACUAACUCUUUAAGUCACCAAAGAGUAAAAUAAUUUUAAAAUUUUACAAACCGUCCAUCAGAACAACAGUGAAAUUAUACUUGUAGCAACAAUACUAUCUAGAAAUGUCACGUAUAAUUAAAUAUACACACAAAGGCCAUUUUUCUGCACACUUAUUUCACUUUUUUAUUUUAAGUAAAACAUUUUUGCUCAUAAAACUUUUACUUGAGCGAGAUUUGAAUGCAGGACUUUUACUUUUUGACAAUAAUGUUUUGGUACUUUUACUCGAUUAAAGCAUCUGGAUACUUCUUCAACCACUGCAUGUAUGUUCCACAACAGUGAAGCGUCCCCACCAGCAGCUGAUUAUGCUGCGUUCAGAAAACGGAGAAGAAAGAAAAGUGGUUUAUGAUUUAUCUUAAAGCUGAAUCAGUAAAGGGCAAAUAUAUUUUAUUUCCUUGUCAGUCAUGUGAGCUGUGUGUUCUCAAAAUAACAUUUGUCAGACACACCCUGAAUGCAGCACGACUACAUUUUUAUUUGAAAUAGAAAGAGAAAGUAACCGAGUCAUUUUUUUGGACAGAGACAUCGUAGAGACACGUCGAUGAUAAACGGGGGGAUGAACAUCUUGUCUGCGGGAAUGUCCGAAGCUGGCCGUGUGUGAGUGGACUGAAACGAUCGUCAAAACCGAAUCAACAUGUAUGCAUUCGUUAAAAGAAAUGUCUCCAGCGUGUUUUCCCCUCCUGUUAAGUACUAUGGCUUGGAAAACCAAGGGUCAACAUGUUACCUGAACAGUGUGCUGCAGGUGCUUUUUAUGACCAAAGACUUCAGAGAAGCUGUGGAAAGGCACAUCAAGGACAAUCCUCUCACCACUUGCAUUGAUCGUCAACUUGAAUCCUUGUUUGGUGACUUAAAAAUAUAUACAGCAUACACCUUUAAGAUUACAAACGAGCUGGGCAUCAAAAACGUGUAUGAACAGCAGGAUGCUGCUGAGUACUUUGAGAAGAUUUUAGCUAAGACCAGUGAUGGUGCAUCGAAGAUUUUUCACGGACAGCUGACACACAAGACCAUAUGUUCAUCAUGCCGUACCGAGACUAGCGCUGCUGGGCCAUUUUGGCAUCUUCCUCUUGCAUUGGUGGAUUCCGACAGUCAAAACUAUAGCAUGGUGACUGGCAUUGAGGACUAUUUCAGAGAAUCGUCUCUCAUUGGAGAAAACCAGUUGUACUGCGAAAAAUGUGAUGGCAAGUCUGAUGCUACAACUAAAUGUGUCAUAGAGCAUCCUCCGGAGGUUUUGAUGCUGCUGCUGAAGAGGUUUGAGUUUGACUAUUAUUCUAUGACAUACGUCAAAAUCAACUGCACUGUGGAUGUUCCCUGCAGCCUACAGAUACCAGAGAAUCAGACCUAUGAACUUGUUGCGGCUGUGGAUCAUUUUGGAGAUCUCAGAAGUGGACAUUACAUUGCCACAAUCAAAUCUGAGGAUGAUGGGAGAUGGUACAGCUUCAACGAUAGCUGCGUCAUGUUGCUUGACUACCAGCCAUUCCAGUCGGAUAAAGUUGAGAAAUCCAGCAGCGCUUAUCUUCUGUUUUACAGAAAAGAGAAAGUGCCUGCUGCCGGCACUCAGGACUUCGGAGAGGAGUCUACUCCUGGAGGCUCUCCACAUUCUACCUGUGAUACCCAAGACAAGAGUCAAACUGAGAAGAUAAAGAGAGAGGAGGAUGAGGGGAAAGUAGAAGAGGGCUAUGACACUGCAGCUGCUUUCUCCACAGACAGCGAUGAAGGAACAGGGAUUAAAGACAGAGCCAGAGUUAGGUCUAGCAUAUCUGACAUCUAUAAUAUAGAGGAUCAGGGCAACAGAGGUAAUGCCAGGCAGAGGAAUGACUUAAAUGUACAGUUUAAUGAGGAAGGAAAUGACUUGAAUGCAGGAAAACAGAGAGAAGAGGGCAAACUUAAUAUGGAUGCUUUGGAUGACAUGAGAAGAAAUAAGGACUUGAGAAAAUCUAGAGACACUCCGCCUGAAGAGAGUGUUGAUGAUGAGCACAAUGACAGUGGUGGAGUAGGAGAUUUUAUUCAUGGUGUAUGUAAUCGGGAAAGAAAUGACUUACAUGCAGAAAAACAGAGAGAUGAGGUGAUAGUAAAUAUGGGUGAUGAGGAUGACAUGAGAGGAAGUAAAGAAAUGAGAUCAUCUAAAGACACUCUAGAUGUCUCUUUGGGUCUAGAGACACCUGAAGAGAGUGUUGACGAUCAGCCCAAUGACAGUGUGAGAGUAGGAGAUGUUAGUCAUGGUUAUAACCCAGGAGUCAGUGAAGGGCAUCUUAAAAAACAAGAUGAGAGCAAAGCUGCACAAAGUAGGGAAAGGGAUGAAAAGACAGACAAGACUCGACAAAAUGAACAGUCAGAAGAGAAGAGCAAAUCCUUGAGAAAACACCUUUACAGGGACAGAGAGCACCAUGAAAGUGAAGGAUUAAGAAAUGUUAAACCUGACAAUCUGGAGGGUCAACAGAACAUGUGGCAAGCUUAUGGCCCUAGUGUGGACCAAAAGGGAGAGGGGUGGAAGACAGAAAUAGAUGUUGAGGUAGAUAUGGAAGGAAAAACUGAUCCAAGCAGAAGCAGGGAUAGCAGACAACCGAGAGAGGGUAGGAGGGAUGUAAAGGGAGCCCUGAAACAAAAGAAAGGAAAUGACAAACAUGAACAAAGGACAGAAACAUUGAUGACAAAACCUUACCUUUGGGAAGGAGGGGAGGAUCAGGACAAGAGAAGGUUGGAUGGUGUUGAACAGGAGCAUCAUCAGCAGCAAAAAACAAGUGCUCCACAUUUAACAUCUAAAGAUGAUCAUGAAGAAGGGCAAGCCACAGAGCAGGAACGUAAACAUUUUCCAAACAGAGCGGACUCUUUUCGUAGUAAAAGAAGCAGGAGACAGACAAAGGACGGGGAGGAUGACAGUGUUGAAAAGAUGGAAAUUGAAAGAAAGCCAAAACAAUUAAUCGUGAAAAUAUUUGAGGAAGAAACUAAAGAAACCACCUUUGGUAAACAAACAACAAGUGAGGCGAGUUACUUUGGAAUAAUACCUAAGGAAAAAAACGCACAACAAGAGUCCUUGUCAGAGGGCUUUUCAGGUAUAAAGCUGAGUGACUCAACUUUGCCCAAGCCAAAGAAACACGAGAGCAAAAGAUACAAAGCUAAUUCAUAUCAGGAGAAUGUGGCCACCAGUGCAAUGGAUUUAAACGCAGAAAACAUGCAAAAAGUCUCUGAAACACAAGAGCAGACUGCUGAAAAACAACUUGAAACGGUAGAAAGGGGUGAGAAAGAGAUGAGUAGAGGCCAGUAUGGGCAAGAGAAGGAAAAUGGGAAUGGGAAAAAAAAGAAAACUACUUCGUGUUUUUGCAAACAUCGCAAACGUGUACACCAGAGUUCCAAGUCGGACUGAGACGAAAUGCUUUGUUUAUUUGUUUGUUCAGUUUGAUUAAUUGCAACAGGCGGAGCAGAAGGGAAAUGAAUAGAAAUGUAAAGGCCCAAUUUCACUUAUUUUACUUAUUUGACUGUUAAGCAUCUUAAAUGAAGAGGGUCUUUUCACACUACAGUUGUAAACGUUUGCUGCAGUGCUCUCUGACUAAUGUCGUAGAUGCUUUACAUUUUAUGUUUCUCAUUUUCAACCAAACUAUCGUAGUCCUUUGUGACAUUUGUAGGACUUGCUGUUGAUUCAAACAAAUAAGACAUGUAUGUGAAAGACAUGCUUGUAUAUGCACUGUUUUUUAAAUGAUGUUAUGAUGCUGCAGAGAUUCCCUCAUAUUGUCCAAUACAUGAAGGAAGAAGGAUCGAUUUGAGCUAAUGGACAUGCAAAUAAUAAAAUUAUAUUAUAUUGAUUAUGAUAAAAUAAA